ACGCCGGUCCGCAGCAUCUUCCUCACACUCAGCCCGAACCGGGCGGAUGGAGCAGGCGGGCCGCCAACUUGUUUACGGCGAAAGCUCCUGGCGCAAAGUAAGCCUCGACGAGCGCACCCUGAACCCGACGCGGCGCGUUUUCCUCCAGCGGUUUCGUGGUACUUGCGUGUGUUUCUCGUGGCGUCAGCGUCGAGCUUUUGACGUGUUUUCGCUCCGCGUGAACGUUAGACGGCCCGGAGCUUCUUUCCCCUGGAACUGAUGAGACAAAGAGGAUGGACGCAGCUUGAAUGAAGACGCCAGCUGGCUUCACUAAAAACUUUUUUUUUUCCCUUCAUGCGACUAACUUUACGAUGCCGUCGGCGACAGAAAGUAAGUGAGCGCCCGCUAAAACGGGUGUGUUUGCUAGCUUAACGUUAAGUGCUCGCGCCACAUCCUUCAAUUAGCUGACCGUUAAGUUUUAAUGGUUGAAGCUGUUAAAGUUUGUCAAUUGGACUCUUCGCUUUAAUGCAAUCUUAGUUUCUUGGUUUUGGGGUGUUUCACACACGCUGACCUGUAAGCCUCCGAGAGAUGUCAAAGGUCAUGAAAAUCCAAACCGUCCUGGACUGCUGUUGCGCAAUAGAGCUCCAUCAGGUUUCUUAAAGCCUGCGUGGGAACCGCCAAAGGGCUUCUGACAGUAAAAGGUGUUUCUCCCUGUUGUCUCCAGUUAUGCAUUCACAGUGGCCACAUCUAAUGGAGGCGUUUUAUUUGUAGAAUAAUAACUUUUUGGACUCCGGAGCAGAGCUGUGGAGUCCCUGCAGCCGUGUGAAUGGACCGGAUGAUGUGCGCCUAAGGCAGGCCUCCUGGAAACGAGUUUUAAGAUGAGCCACGGUCCAAACCUCGUCCUUGAGUGGCUUUCCAAGCUCCAUCUGGCCCAGUACGUGGAGUCCUUCAUUGACAAUGGCUAUGAUGAUCUGGAAGUUUGUAAACAGAUUGGAGAGCCAGACCUCGACGCCAUAGGUGUGCAAAUUCAGUACCACAGGCACAGGCUGCUCACAGCGGUGCACCAGCUCAAAUACGAGGACGGGAGCAAAGCGCCUGGCUACUAUUUUACCUUGGAGCCACUGGAUCCCUCUACCUGCAAACACAACCAACUACUCGCAAACCGACAAGAUGACGUCCGGACUUUGAGGUCACGAUCCCGCACCGCGGGAAUACACGAGGCCUCCUGUCCUGGAAACCAUGACCUGAGAUUUACAGACUGUAAGGAUUUUGUGACUUAUCCCAGACUGAAGCUCAAGGUGCUGUUGAGGGAUAAACUUGCAAAAGAUGGAAUCAACCUUGGAGAAGCACCUUACACCCAUAAGGAUGGCUCUGUGGGGAACCUUGAUGAUCUGGUUCAGGAGUAUUCUCAGUAUUACGGCACCUCGUUCACUGACGUGUGUGAAAGAAUGGAGGAGCUACGGAAACGCAAAGUAGUGCAGGACGCAGAGAUGGGAACCGUUGACUCAGGGGCCACGUCGUUGCAGCUCCGCUCUCAGAUCCAGGAAUCCCUUGGGCUCAGCAGUAUAACAAACACACCAGAGACUGAACGAAGGUUUCCUGUGCACAAAUCUAGCUCGGAUGAUGGAUCAGAAGGGAAAUGGGACGGAAAGAGAAAGAACAGGUCUUUUUGGCAGAGUUUUCGAAAGCCACAGAAAGGAGUGUUACGUCAGAUCUCAAAAGGUGAUGACGUUGGUUUUGUGGCCAGCGAAGUCACCAUGAGUGAUGAAGAGCGUAUCCAGCUGAUGAUGAUGGUGAAGGAGAAUAUGAUCUCUAUAGAGGAAGCCUUGGCUAGGCUGAAGGAGUUUGAAGUGCAAAACAGGCCGACGUGCAGGCCCGAUCCCACAGAAUGGGUCGACUCCUCCAGCCUCGCCACAAAUGAGUCACUCAACUGCAACACUGUCUGUGACCCGCCAGACAAUGAGCAAGAGGAGUCAGUGACGUUCAGGAGACUCCAUAGACUGGUCAACUCAACCCGAAAGGUGAAGAAGAAGCUGAUCAGAAUCGAUGAGUCCAAGAAGCCUGGAGCAGAGGAGAGCCCAAUGAUGGAUGGCUUUGCUGUUGGAGAUGCCAGCGCCUCACUGUACUCGGAGGUGCAGAAGAAGCUCACUGUUUGCCCCGUGGACUCCCUGGCUUCAGCUCUGCAGUACCAGCUCACCUAUGACACGGACAGAUUGACCACCUCCCCCUCCUCCAGCACCCUGGACACCUGCAGCAGCCACAAGAUGUCCCAGGCCUGUAAAAAGCCAAGUGGAAGCCCUGGAGAGAAGGAGACUCGUGGAGAUGUGGAUGUGGGGGAGGCAGAGGGAGGCACUGGCUCUUCCUUUUCUGAAAUGGAGGGUUGUGAUAACGAGGAACUCAAAAUCGCUCGCUCUGUGACCGAAGGAGAGCUCCGUCCCCGGAUCCUCAGCCCACUCAGCCAACAUGGGAGAGCUUGUAGCUUUGGAGGUUUUGACCUGACCAACCGCUCACUGCAUGCGGUCAUCUCCAACAAUGACAACGUUAAUAAAGACGGAGAUAGAGUGAGGGAUCCCACUAAGUCUCCAACAGCAUCCCGGAUUUCCCUCGGCAAAAAAGUCAAGUCUGUGAGGGAAACCAUGAGAAGACACAUGUCGAGGAGAUACCACUGUUCUCUCUCCGAGCAGUCAAGCCCGCAGCGCAUAUGCAGCUGCCCUCACUCGCCUCAGACGGACUCCGACUCUUUGGAGAAACACAAACUGAAGCCAGGAGGGUCUGUGGAGAGCCUGAGGAGUUCCCUCAGUGGCCAAAGUUCCAUGAGCGGUCAGACUGUGGGGACCACUGACUCCUCCAACAGCAACAGAGAGAGUGUGAAGUCUGAGGACGGGGAAGAGGAUGAGCUGCCUUACCGCGGACCUUUCUGUGGACGCGCUCUAGUUCAUACUGACUUCACCCCCAGUCCCUACGACACAGAUUCGCUCAAACUUAAGAUUGGGGACGUCAUCGAUGUCAUUAGUAAGCCUCCCAUGGGUACGUGGAUGGGGAUGCUCAAUGGUAAGGUCGGCACCUUCAAGUUCAUUUAUGUGGAUGUGGUGAAUAAGGAGGAGGCCAAGCCCAAAAAGACACGCAGGAGGAGGAAGGCCCGGCAACCCAAACCCACGUCUGUAGAGGAGCUCCUUGAUCGCAUCAACCUCAAAGAGCAUCUUCCCACAUUCCUUUUUAACGGCUAUGAAGAUCUGGACACAUUCAAGUUGCUGGAGGAGGAGGACCUGGAUGAGCUGAACAUCAGAGACCCGCAACACAGAGCUGUGCUGCUCACUGCAGUGGAGCUGCUGCAAGAAUAUGAUGGCGGCUCAGGAAGCAGCGACCCGGAGCGAGGCAGCCCGUCUGGAGGCAGCCCGUCUGGAGACUCCCAGGAGAAGCUGCUUCUGGACAGGCGUGGCCUCGCAGGAAACUCCCCGCGCGACUCCGGCUGCUACGAGAGCAACGAGCACCUGGAUAACGGAAGGUACAAAAGGACGAUUUCGUCAAUGAGCCCGCCGUCCUCCUGUUUUGGGUCAAGCCACCUCCCCUCCGCAGAGCCACCACCCACAACUCCGUCAGAAAGGUCCGAUCAUCAUGAAACUCCACCUUCCUUCCCAAACCGUCACCCAGAGCCUGAACUUCCAGAGACUGCCACCAUGUUCAUCCACAUAAAUCCCAUUUCAUCACACGGGGCUGGUGCGAGUUGUUCAGUUUCUGCUAGUUCUGAAGCGCGUCGUCUGAAAAUGAACAGAAAGAAGACGGCAGCCACACACUCGGUAAAUCCGGGUUCCCUGAAAGAAUGAAGGCUGUGUCAGAGUGACCUGACGACGCAGACUCUUAUAUUGACCUCAAACGGUCAGUGAACGGUUUCUUCAGAACUGCUGUACAGAUGUUAAUAGCAGACAUAUUUUUUCAGAACAUUUUAAAGGAGCAAUGUGCUCAUCCCAAGAAAAGAAAAAAUGUUAUUCUUUUCAAAAGAGUAAAUUUGAUUAUAUUAUUCACUUAUCUUAGUUAAUUUUCCAUUCACUUUAAUACUUUUGUGAAACUGCAACCAUGGAUUUGUUGUGUGCCAUGUACGUUCAUGUGAGGCAAUAAUGUAAGUAAUGUAUCUUUGGUGCAUUAUCAGUUUUUCACAGCUUGACGUGGAUCCAACAUACAUUUCCUUUUCAGUUUGUUUUAUAAAUCAAAUCUUCCCUUCUCAAACAAUGUACCUAAAGUUUAGACCCUGUUGAGUUUUUUUUCAUAUUGCUAACCUUUAGUCUGGUUACAGUGUGGACAUGAAAUAUGCAAUACUCGUCUCAGUGUCGGAUGUUGCUCAUGCAGCUGAACCCUGUGUGUAGAAGAGUCCAGCCGUUACACAGAAAUAAUCCUAUUUAUGGUGCAUCAAACAAAGCCUUUUAUUAAUAAAUUAUUGACUGCUACAUUUACUGUCACACAUUUUAUUUAAAC